GGGCCGUGAUCCAAUGGCUCCCGUUGGAGAUGGUGCCCCCAACCUCCUGCAACAAGUAAAGGCAGGCCAGAGAGGCUCAUGGGAGGGAGGAGGGGGGGAGACGACAGAGACAGACAGAGACACAGAGAGAGAGAGGGAGGUGGAGAUAAUGCUGUGGGACUGUGAGAGGACGAGAGAAUCCAUUUCUCUUCUUCUUCUUCUCUCUUCAGCAUCCAUCCACCCGUCUGAUGUCUGAGGACUUUUCUUAUUCUGCUUCUCACUGAUUUUGUCUCUUUUGGAGUCCAAGAAAAAACUUCAAAAAGAAGAAGAGGGGGCCGUGAGGGAGGACAAGGCCAUGGCCUCCUGGUUCAGCUGGAACGAGCCGUACCACCGGAGCCCCCGGCGGGACCCGGCCGACGUGGUCGCCGACACCCUGAUGCUGGAGUUCAGCUGGCAGCUGAAGGAGGCCGAGAGGCAGCAGAGGGAGCGGGAGAACGAGUACCAACGCCUCAAGACCGGCGUGGACUACAGCUGGCUGGCAAGCGCGCCGCGGUCCUCCUACAACAUCAGCACCGGAGAGCGGCUCGGCCUGGAGGAGCUCUGCUCCAAGGUGCCGCCGCCAUGCUGCGGCCUCGUCAUACUCAAGUUCAGGGAGGUCAUGCAGGCCAAUGAGCCCGAGGUGCAGGAGGUGUCGGGCCUGUUCCGCUGCGUCCUCCUGGAGGCUAUGGAUCACCUGAAGGAGGAGCAGGAGGCGCAGCGCCUCGCCACACAGUGGCACAACAAACGCGCCAUGAGCUCGUCCCUCAUUAACUUCAGGUCCCGGAUCAAGAUCAACCCGUUCGGCAGCACGGUGGGCCUGACCUCCGCCGCGGGCGACGGGGCGGCGAUGAGCGACCUCAAAACGGUGUCGGAGGACGUGGAGAGAGGGACGGAGAGGACGCAGAGGGUGUGGAGCAUGCCUGACUUCAGAUACAAAGGAGCCAGCAGCAGUAAGGUGGUCUGAUGUGAGGCGUUCAGGGGACGGUGACGUUUCAGUGGGACACAUGCUGACCUCCAGAGGAUCUCCUCUGCUGCAGUAUUGCACCAGACGAGGCAGGACGACUCCCACAAUCCUCCUCUUCUCAGUAUGAGACCAAUCAGCAUUGAUCCAUUUACUACUUUACACCUGAGAGGACAAUGUCAGAUGUUUUUUCUCACAUCCUCUGAAACUUGAAAAAAUUUUUUGGACUUUAAAUAUUUUAAACUUUGCGUAAGAUUAUCGCCUCUCGCAGUGAUACGUUUUAUAUUUUGUAGACAUCUAAGCAUAGAGGGCUAUUUACUGUAGGCCUGAUUUAUGUAAUUUAAAGGCUUUAUUGACUCCUAAAUGUUGCAAGAAUGAAUGAAAUGAUGUUGUUUCGUUACACAACACAAAAUUGCUGCAGAGGUGAAUGAUCUUUUAUGAAAGGAUGUUUUUGGCGUGUAUAAAUUGUAUGUCAGUAAGAGUCAGUGCUCAACAUUAACGUCAUACGGAGGGUGAGUCAUGCUCUACUUCUACAGAUGGCACACAAAGACUCGGCACAAUAAUUCAUCAUUCAAGGUCAGCAAGCUGAAAGCUUUCCUUCUGUUCAUCAUUCACAAGAGGGCGUAAAGAAGAAGAAGAAGAAAAGAAAUGAUCACUGAAUGUUACCAGCCACCUUUUUGAAUGAAGUGAAAAUCUUUUUCUGUUUGUCACACGUCAACAUUCAACAGUACAGCGUAAAGCUUUCAACUGGAUUGAUUUAUUUCAAUUUAAUAAAAUGACUGAUGUUGAAAACAAUAUU